AUGGCAAUCAUAAGUUGUGGUCCAACAAGUACACCAACUAUGGGUGAACGUCGUACAAAUUCAUACUCAUUGCCACUUCAUUAUGUUCAAAUCAUAGCUAUUAUAGUAAUAUUCUUUCUUAUAUCGAUGAACUAUUUAACUUUAUGCGUUAACAUUCCAACACAUCCAUGGCAAUGGUUAAAUAUUGUACUUUCUUCACUUUUUAUUCUUCCUUUUUUUAUUGUUUUCAUUAUAUUAACUUAUAUUGAUCCAGCUGACGAUGAAGUAAUAUAUAAAAGUCGUGGACCAAGAACUGAUUUUGAUCGUCGUCAACAUGCACAUGUUAUAACAGAUCUUUAUUGUCAUGUAUGUGAUGUACAUGUUACAGAAAAAGCUAAACACUGCUCAUCUUGUAAUAAAUGUAUUUAUUCGUUUGAUCAUCAUUGUAUAUGGCUUAAUACAUGUGUUGGUGGAAAAAAUUAUCGUCUUUUUUUAUCAAUGUUGUCAUUAAUAGUUAUUGGAACUUUAUUUAUUUUUUUCAAUAGUUUACUUCAAUUUAUUGGUUCAUUUCAAGAUGUAUCAUCAUCAUCGUCAUCAUCAUCACUUAGUUUAAAACCAUAUUAUGGUUUAGAUCAAUACGCUAUAUUAAUGAUUCCGUCAUCAAAAGCUGCUUUUCAAGUAAUGACAGCAAUUGUAGCAUUCAUUUCUAUUGUGACUUGGGCAUUAACUGGAUAUCUUCUUGGCUUUCAUAUUUAUCUAUGUUAUUAUGAUUAUUCAACAUACGAUUAUGUUGUUAGUCAACGACAUAAUAAAACAGUUGAUAAAACACUAUCUCAAUUUAAUCAACUUAAUCAAAAUCAUCAAAAUCAUUCAUUAUCAUCAACAAAACAAUCGACAUUUAGUGCUCAAAAGAGAAAUAAAACUAAUCCAAUACCAGUCAAUGAAGAAAAUGAUACAGCAAAUCAUUCAAAACAACUUCAUAAUUCAAACAUUUUUACCAUUGAAGAAAAUUAUAGAGACUCUCCACGACGUUUACAAGUAUGUCAAAGUUCAAAUGAAGAAGCGUAUGUUCUUAAAGGCGCAUCGCAAAUAGUUAAUGAAUAUUAG